GGGGAAGAGUAUUGUGAGGAAGGAGCGUCCCUAGCUUAAGCUAGGGCGGGGUGGAGAGGAGGUGAUGAAUGUUCUGGGGGAUAGAGGGCAGAGGAUACGGGUGAAAGGCUCGUCUGGAGAUGGCCAGGGAGGAAAGAUGGGGCGAGCUGUAGGGGCGGCGCCACAGACUGAGGGGAUCGCAUCUGUCUCGGAGUGUGCACUUCAUCUCUUUCUCCUCCUCCACCCACACGCUACACGACGGCGGCAGCGCAGGGAGGAGCCAGGGAAGGCGGAGCGAGAGGCUGGAACGGCCUGGGCAAGAGAGCAGCCCCAGCUUUUGGACAGCAGCCCCAAGCGCCCGGACCCCGGAUCCUGCUUGGCAGAUGUCAAAACAGGAGGUUAAAUAGUGGAAGAAGAAUCAUCAUCUUGACCAGAAAGUUUGGAUCCUUCCUUUGGGAGGACAAGCAUGCCAGUGCUGUCUGAAGAUUCCGGGUUGCAUGAAACCCUGGCCCUCUUGACCUCUCAGCUCAGACCAGACUCUGAUCAGAAAGAAGAGAUGGGGUUCUUGAGAGAUGUCUUCAGUGAGAAAAGCCUCAGUUACUUAAUGAAGAUUCAUGAGAAACUGCGCUAUUAUGAGAGACAGAGUCCAACUCCAGUUCUACAUAGUGCCACAGCCCUCGCAGAGGAUGUUAUAGAAGAAUUACAAGCUUCAUCAGUUCACAGUGAUGAGAGGGAGCUGCUGCAGCUGCUGUCCACUCCCCAUUUCAGGGCUGUGCUCAUGGUACACGACACUGUUGCUCAGAAGAAUUUUGACCCUGUUCUUCCCCCUCUGCCUGAGAAUAUCGAGGAGGAUUUUAAUGAGGAGUCAGUGAAAAUUGUCCGUCUUGUGAAAAACAAAGAACCUCUGGGUGCUACCAUCCGGAGGGAUGAACACUCAGGGGCGGUCAUCGUGGCCAGGAUCAUGAGAGGGGGUGCAGCUGACCGGAGUGGUUUGGUGCAUGUUGGAGAUGAGCUGCGGGAAGUCAACGGGAUUGUGGUUCUGCAUAAGCGGCCCGAUGAAAUCAGUCAAAUUCUGGCUCAGUCCCAAGGAUCUAUCACUCUAAAAAUCAUCCCAGCCAUCAAAGAAGAGGAUCGAUUAAAAGACAGCAAGGAGGUUCUCCUUGGCAGAUGGGUCUGGGAGCCUCAAUCCAAGACUCUUCUCCCUCCUCAGGUAUUCAUGAGGGCUCUCUUCCACUACAACCCCAGGGAGGACAAAGCCAUACCCUGUCAGGAGGCAGGGCUGCCCUUUCAGAGGAGGCACAUCCUUGAAGUGGUGAGCCAAGAUGACCCCACAUGGUGGCAGGCGAAGCGUGUGGGGGACACCAACCUCCGAGCCGGCCUCAUCCCCUCCAAGCAGUUUCAAGAAAGACGCUUGACCUACAGGAGAGCCAUGGGUACCUUGCAGAGCCCCAGGAGCAUCAAAAAGCCAUCCUAUGAUCAGUCUUGUGAUAAAGAGAACUGUGACUGCGAGGGUUACUUCAAUGGACAUUACAUCGCUGGGCUCCGAAGAAGCUUCAGGAUGAGUCGAAAAGAGAGACCUAGCAGCCAAAGUGAAGGUAAGGUGACAGAGCCUCCUGAGCUCCUGACAUAUGAAGAAGUGACCAAGUAUCAGCAUCAACCUGGAGAGAGGCAUCGACUAGUUGUCCUAAUUGGUUCUUUGGGUGCCAGACUGAAUGAGCUAAAACAGAAGGUGGUGGCUGAGGAUCCCCAGCAAUAUGGCGUUGCUGUCCCACAUACCACCAGGACCCGGAAGAGUCAUGAAAAGGAGGGAGUGGAAUAUAAUUUUGUUUCUAAACAAGCAUUUGAGGCUGAUUUGCACCACAACAAAUUCCUGGAGCAUGGAGAAUACAAAGAAAAUCUCUAUGGUACCAGCCUGGAGGCAAUUCAGUCUGUUAUGGCUCAAAACAAAGUUUGUUUGGUGGAUGUGGAACCAGAAGCACUGAAGCAGCUGAGGACCCCCGAGUUCAAACCCUACGUUAUAUUUGUAAAGCCUCAUGUCCAAGAAGGGAAGAGGAACUCACCGAUGUCACCAACUUCUGAGGAAGCAUCAAGUCCACUAAGUGAGGAGCAACAGGAGAUGCUCUCUUCCUCGGCCUUCAUAGAUCAGCAUUAUGGCCACUUGGUGGAUGUGGUCUUGGUGAAUGAGGAUCUCCAGAGUACAUACAAUGAACUCAAAGGGAUCUUAGAGAAGUUGAGUAAAGACUCUUACUGGGUCCCAGUCAGCUGGGUCAGGUAAUUCAAUCUUGCCACUAGGUCUGCCAUCAUCGACGCCUCUUACAGAAGAAAUUUAUAAGUGGGAAGUAAUCUCUCUUUUUAAAAAAAAUCAGACUUGGCCCCCUUUGGAUCGGGGAAAUCAAUGGGGAUGAAGGUGUUCUAAGAACAAUAUGUUUUCGUCGUGAAAAUAUCAAAGACAAAAGUUGACGCUGAUGCCUCAUACCAAAGUUUGGUAGCUGUCUGUGUUCAAGUUUCAGAGACCUAAUUAAGUCGGAGACCUUAAUUAAACUAAUUACGUUUGCCAGGAGAUCUUUAAGCCUUGAAAAUAAGGUCACCCUUCAUUUAUUCAACACUAUCAGGAAAGGAGGCGUUUCUCACAAGUGAAUUUUCCACAUAAUUAAAGAGGCAUCCCUUCUGCCCUUUCAACAAGAAAACUUUAUCAGAACCAUUUUGAAUGGAUGUCUUAGUAAAAGGUAUUAACACAUUUCCCUGUCCUACUAAACCAUAUAGAGAAAUAGCAUGGUGUAGUUAGUGUGUAGAGAGCCAGCCCUGAUGGGAGAAAGACCUGAGUUCAUGUCUCGUUUCUGACCCAUGGGCAAGUCACUUAACCUCUAAGUCCUGGAGGCAAGGAUUCUCCAAGACUUUAAAUUGUAGAAAAGGUACAGACUUGCACUGGUAGAGGGAGUCCCUUCACCUGGAGAUUUUCUUUACCAGUGAAAUGUCAAUGCUAGGAAGAGCCUGCAGUAAAUGAUGCCUGGCAAUGAGGGUGGUCGACACCCACGUCUUUUCUCAUAGGCUUAGUAGAUGAGUAGGGCUCUUUGCCCUACCCUAAGUGGUCCCUGUCAGCCGUGACUUUUGAAAUUAUAGUUUCUGCCUCCUCCCUCCUUCUCCAAAGAUGGCAGAGUCAUGUCUAAAGUACAAAUAAGAGUCAGAAUAAGAGUCCAAGGGAUGCUCUGAUCCAACAGUCAUCAUGGUCCAGUGGAAUACAUGCUGGAUUUAAAAUGAAGGGACCCAGAUUCAGAUCCUGCUUCUGUCACUUUCUUGGGCAAAUCACUCUGGGCCUCUAGGCUGGGGGUGAGACCAGAGGACCUCCAAUGUUCCUUCUGAUUCUAAAUAUAUGAUCCUACAUAAAACACGCCAGCUAAUCUUGAGUGCAUGGGCUCUGUGAACUUCCUUUUGAUUUCUCAGAAGUGUUUCCCUCUUACUUCUGAGUUCUUGACUAUGAACCCAUAAAACUGUGACUGUCAAAAGAUAAAUGAGCUGGACUCUUCUCAGCAAUACUAAGACGGAAAAAAGGGGCUGGAAACCAACACAGAAGUAAAUGUUUUUGGCCCAUGUACCAAUGAGAACCCAAGAGGGCUUCAGCUGGCUAGUAAAAGUAAAAUGAACCAGAGGGGAAAAGGUAAUUAUCCUAAUUUAGCCCCUUUAAGUUUCUUCUCCUAGUAGAGGGCCUUCCUUAUUACCUGAGUUGUGGGCUUCUCUGCACAAGCCACUACUGUAUUAGGACUAAAACCUCUCAUUUCAGCCAGGCCCACCUGGCUCCAUAACUCACUGUGCAUGGAUGGAUAUAACAGUGGCCUGACUUGUGCAUCUCUCUCUUUGGGCUAGGCUUUGCAAGCUGCUGUCCCAUUGGCUCUCUCCCCAACAUGCUUCACAGGGGUCCCUUAUUCCAGACAAUUUGCCAGGAAAAAGGAGAUUUCCUGAAGUUUCCAUCCAUGCGAUGAGAAGAAAAUGCUGCAUUGGAUUUCUAGUUCUUACAUUCUACUGCUACCAGGGUGGUGAUUCUGAUAUAUGUAUACAUAUGUCUACACGUGUGUGCAUAUACACAUACACAUACAUAUAUGGAUAAGUGUGUAUGUAUAUGUGUAUAUGUGUCUGUGUGUAUAUAUAUCUCUCAGAUCCUAAAACAUCUGUCACUGGUUUGCAUUUUAUAUAUAUAUAAUUUUUUUUUUUUUGCAGGGCAAUGAGGGUUAAGUGACUUGCCCAGGGUCACACAGCUAGUAAGUGUCAACUGUCUGAGGCUGGAUUUGAAUUCAGGUCCUCCUGAGUCCAGGGCUGGUGCUUUAUCCACUGCACCACCUAGCUGCCCCACUGGUUUGCAUUUUUAAAAAAUUCAACCGCAAGUCAUUUUCUAAUAUAUUCUCAUUUUUUAAAAUGUUCUAUCGAUGUUUUUGUCAGAGCGCCAUAUAGACCUCAGAUCCUAAAACAGCUGUUCUUGGUUUGUAUUUUUAUUUUGAAGCACAAAUUACUUUCUGAUAUAUUCUCAAUUUUUAAAAUGUCUUGCUGAUGUUUUUGUCAGAGUAUCAUCUCCCAAUACCCUUCACCUUACCUUCUCUUGCCAUAGAUGUCUGGAGCUGAUCAAAACAAACCAACACACUGACCAUCUCAGGCAGCGUAUGUCUCCCUCUGUACCUGUAGGCUAACAUCUGCCUCUCUAAAAGAGGAGGAAGCAGGUGUGUUUCAUCAUCGCCAGUCCCCUGGAGUUGGGGCUGGUUGUUGCAUUGAUCUGAAUUUUGAUGUCUUGUAGUGUUUGCCUGUGUGUGUUGCUUUCUUGGUUACACGAUGAUUAAAUUAACCUUUGUUUUUUGACAGAUGUGCGUUAAUACACAUGAACAGAAAGUGCAUUAAAUGUAGCAUCUUUUUUUGGUUACCUAUAAAAUGUAAGCUUUUCCCCCUAGCAUUUUAUAUGAAAAAAUAUCCUAAAAUAGCAUAGUCUCUUUUUUUGAGCCUAGUUAUUUUAAAAAAUAUAUAUAUUUAUUUAAACAAUUUAUUGUGCACUUAACUUUUUAAAAGGACAAAAACAAAUAUAAAUACAUUUACAACUCUUUAUACUUAAAAAUAAAUUUCUACAUACGAUAUGACCGUACCCAUUUAUUAGGUUCUCUCUCUGUGUUCUCUUCAGUGCUGUUUGUUCAUUUUUUCUCUGUAUUUGUGGAAAUCGGUUUCCUUUCCUAUAAUCAGUGUAUAUACUGUUCUCCUUUGUUGCUG